UCUAGCGAGCGCGCACGGCCAUUUAAAGUUCAUUUGAGGUGGUGUCACUGCUAAUUACUAGCUCGAGUUUUCUGGCUUGACCUUGUUGUCGAUUUGGUGGAAGUGAAGCAGAGAACAAGUUGUUUACAGUUUGUGAGACUAAAAGAUGACGAAGUUAAACUGCGUUAAUCUUGACAGGUUUAUGGAGGAGUUUGGUCAUCUAGAACAGAAUUUUAUUGAGGUAAAUGGCAAAAACAGCAUGUUGGAGAUCAUGUUGGAGGACGCCAAUAGACUCGCGAAAUUCUAUAUGACCAAAGAACAUAGUCUAAGCGAGGAAAAAGACAGCCUCCUUGUCACGGUGAGCAGACUACAGCAGACGCUGCAGGAGCAGUGCAACCUCAGAGUGGAGAACGAGAGACUGAAGAGUGAUUUGGUGCAACUGAAACAACAGAAUGAGAAAACAGCGGAGGUUGGAGAGGCUGAAGUUCAGCGACUGAUCAGUGAAAUGCGAGCAGAGGAAGAGAGACACAAGAGGGAGCUAGAGGCUGUGAGACAGCAGAGCCGGAGGGAAGUGGAGAACGUCCACAUGGAGAGUUUCCAUCAGUUGGAAGCUAAAGAUGCCGAGAUAAAAAAGCUGCUGGAGAAAAAGGAUCAGCAUCUGGAGGAGAUGAAGAAGAGGCUGAAGGAUCAGGAGAGGGAGAAGCAGAACGAGCUUCUGAAGUUACAGAUGGAGUUUGGCGCGAAGUUAGCCAGAGUUCAGAGUACAGCUCAGCGGAGUCAACAGCAGCAGCAGCAGCAUGGCUCCAACCUUCUUCCACAGAGCGUCUUUAAGAGGAAGCUUCAGUUUUUCCAGGAGGAGAAGAACAGGGAGAUUGUGGCUCUGCGUCAGAGAAUCUGGGAGCUGGAAGAGAGUCAGCGUGCCAGCAGCCUCACGGACAGCCGUCUGAAGAGGAGAAAGACCUAGAUUGUUCAGAGGCUAAUAAGCUGCUGUCCUGACGGAUAUGCAUGAAUGAAUCUCCUAGAACAUUUUACUGUAGUUCUGUAACACUGUACAAAAAAUGACUUGUGACUUGAAGUCAUUUACAGAACAUGUAGUUAACUCUAAUAGUACGUGUGCAGAGCAAUGCUUCAGUAGCUUUGCAGCUUCGUGGGACUGAUUGAAAGUGACCAGUUCACAAAGAGGACAUUUAACACGUUAAAGGUGCGCUGUGUUCCCGUUUAAGACUUUAAUCCAAUUAGAAACCUGCAGGAGAGGAGGAAGAGGGGAAUGUGGAAGAGAAUGAAGCACGAUUCUGAAUGGAAACACGUGGCUGGAAAACCAUUAGUAUCUUUUCAUUCAAAGAAACCUCUACUAAAGUCUGCUUCCUGUUAUUUAUGUCCAGUGAGAACAUCACACUGACACAGUCAUUCUGCACUUCCUCUUCCUGAACCUUUUUCCCUCGUUUAUUGUUAUGAGCUAAAUUGAUACUGGUAUGACAUUGUCCUCUUUAUUAAAUAAUAGUUAAAGAUUUUUUGACUUCUGAUUUCUGGGUGUCUGGGGAGGAACAGAAGACCUGUUUGACUCCUCUUAAUGUGUGUACACUACAUAUCAAAUACUACUAGCUGUUGAUUAGUUUAUCUUAGCACAACGGCUGGAAACAGGUGGAUAAAUGUUGCCUGGAUCUAUUCAAGCGAAACCAAAUAUUGUACUUGCAUGUAUUUGUAUCUUUAAAUGUCAGUUGUUAACAUGUUGUAUUUUGUUUAACCUUUAGCAUCAUUAGAUUGCCAGCCAGGGGUCGUGUGUUUCUGGCCAAAUAAAAGGUUCCA